AUGGUGGAAGUGGCCGAAAACCACUCCAGAGAUGGGGACCAGGCGUUCUCAGCGUCAACACUCUUGCCCACCGCCCCCACCACCGCCACCCUCGCCCCCACCUCCACCCCCGCCUCCCCCACCCCCACCCCCACCCCCACCCCCACCUUUACCCCCGCCGCCACCACCCCCACCUCCGCCCCCGCCUCCCCCACCCCCACCCCCGCCCCCACCUCCGCCCCCGCCACCACCACCCCCGCCUCCGCCCCCGCCUCCCCCACCCCCGCCCCCGCCACCCCCACCCCCACCUCCACCCCCCCGCCUGCACCAGAAGCUAAGCCGACUCCCUCUAACCCUCCACCCGCACCUAACCACCGUCCUGCACCAAAAGUCAAGCCGACUCCAUCUAACCCUCCGCCCGCACCUAACCACCGCCCUGCACCAAAAGUCAAGCCGACUCCCUCUAACCCCUCGUCUGAACCAGAAGCGAAACCGACUCCCCCUAACCCUGCAGUCGAACCAAAAGCCAGGCCAACUCCCCCUAACCCUGCAACUGAACCAAAAGCGAAGUCGACUCCCUCUAACCCCGUCACCAAACAAGAAGCAAAGUCGACUCCCCUUAACCCUGCGGUCGCACCAGAAGCAAAGUCGACUCCCUCUACCAUCACAGUUGCAACAAAAGCAAAGCUAACUCCCCCUAACCCUGCGGCUUCACCAGAAGUAAAGCCAAUUCCCCUUAACCCCGCGACCGCACCAGAAGCAAAGCCAACUCCCUCUAACCUUGCAGUCACAAAAGCACAGCAGGUGAAGCAGCUCCCACAUAACUAUAAAGCCUUUGUAAAAGAUUCUGACUCACCUAUCAACAAGCCCUCCCCUAGAGAACUCCUUAAGGAGCUCCAAAAAGGAAUUUUCUAA